AUGUCUCAACAACAAACAUUGCUUUUAACUGGAUCAACUGGUACUAUUGGUAAAUUGCUCAUUCAACAAUUGCAUUCCACCAAGCAAGAAGCACACUUGAAACUCAAACUUCUUGUCAGAAAUGUUGAAAAAGCUAAGGAAUUAUUCGAUGCAUUGCAAUCUGAUUCGUUCCAAUUAGAAUAUAUUCAAGGUGAUUUGCCAAUCAAUGACAAAUCAGUUAAUACUGAGUUGUUAUUUGAUAAGGUUGAAAAGAUUUUCAUUUUGGCACCUGAUGUUCCUCAAAAGGUAAACCUUGAAAAGUCAAUUGUCGAGAAGGCAUUACAAUACACCAAAGCAUCAAAUGGUCAAUUGAAACAAGUUGUUAAAUUGAGUGCAUUAGGUGUUAGUAGAGAUAGAGAAACCAACAAUUUGCUUCGUUGGCAUGCAGAUUCCGAAUACGAAAUUUUCCAAGCAUUGAAUCAUUACAAUGAGGUCAAUUCUGACAAUACUGUUUCGCAUGUAUUUAUUAGACCUGGAAUGUUUAUGCAAAAUAUCUUGGGUGGUUACGAGCACUAUUAUUUGAUGAAUCAUAAUAUGAUUGUAAGACCUGAUUUGAAUACUAGACACUCUUAUACUACCUCCUUUGUUGAUGUUAGAGAUUUAGUUAAGAUUAUUUCAUUAGUUUUAUUGGAAACUGAUGUCACUAAAUAUGGUGAUAAAACAUUUACUAUCACUGGACCAUCAACAACCACCAAUCAAGAAUUUGUUGAAAUUGUCAGUAAGGUAUUGAAAAGAGAUAUCCAUUAUGAGAAAGUUUCUGAAUUUACUUUUAUGAAUAUGUUGAAAGAAAUGCAAAUUCCAAAUGACUAUAUUUGGAUGUUGAUAAAAUUAUAUCAAACUGGUAAAGAGAAUGGAGCCGCAAGUAUUAUUUAUGAAGAUUUUGAAAAUAUUACUGGAACUUCGCCAACAACUUUUGAACAAUUUUUAUUGGAUCAUUUGAGCUAUUUUAAUCAAUAAUUACAAAUUUGGAGCAUGGUUUUUAUAAAUUGUAAUAAAUAUUAUUAUUUU